AUGUCAAGAAGUACCUACCUGGAGUGCUGGAAUAAUUCCUCUACGGAGUCAAACCAAAUUUCACAGGUUCCCGCGCACUUCAGCUCCAAUCUAUCACCCACCACCCCACUUCUACUUCGGCUUUCGCGAUACCUCGAAGUUCCCGCAACUGCAGCCUCCACGCAGAAGCUUCACACAUUGAUCGAAUCAGCAACUCCCAAGUCGUACGAGCAGAGCAGUUUUCCUGAGGGUCUUGCUGAAUCAUGUCAGGAGGCAAAGUGUCGUUCAAGUACCCUGCUCUUAUCCUCCCGCCGGGCAGCACCGCGCGCCACGACCCUCGCGGGGCUUGCAACCGUGUAUCGCUACCUCUUCUGCCGUUAUCUCCCCGCCCCGUCCUUUCCUCCCCAACCACUCUCCCGAACUGCCGUUCCUCACCCCCUCUCCCACACUUCCCCCCUUCCUCCUCCCUGUCCGUUCGCGUCCACGAGCAGCUUCAACGUGCCAGAGGAGGCGCCGUUCACAGCGGUGCUCAAGUUUGCUGCGGAGGAGUUCAAAGUGCCGCCACAGACCAGCGCCAUCAUCACCAACGAUGGAGUGGGAAUCAACCCUCAACAGAGUGCUGGCAACGUGUUCUUGAAGCAUGGGUCUGAUCUUCGCCUUAUUCCACGCGACCGCGUUGGUGGCCGCAGAACCUACUGCUGA